AUGACACCGAAGACGCUCACCUACGCCUUCAUCGGUCUGUGCUUAACUCUGACUACCUUCUUGCUCAACUAUUCGGAGUGUGUGAGCGACGGCGCCGUCGAUGUGAGCGCGACAACCUGCGAAGACCACAUCGUCCGUCCCAAGGUGAACGUCACGCUCUUUUACGAGUCAAUGUGUCCCUACAGUAAGGCCUUCAUCACGACGCAGUUGUAUCCUACGUACACCAAACUGCAGGAAUAUUUGAGUGUCACAGUUGUGCCUUUCGGAAAUGGUAAUAUCAAUGAAAGGACCUUACGGAGUAAAAAGACUUACUACUCGGUCACCUGUCAGCACGGACAAAACGAAUGCAAGGGCAACACAAUCCAGGCCUGCGCCGUUAAGUACUGCCAAACGACUGAAGCGUGGUUGUCCCUGAUUGCGUGCAUGUCAGUUUUCUACGACCCUUACAACCAAGGCAAGAAGUGCGCUGACAAGCUUAACUUGACGUUGGAGUGGUCGCUUGUGACUGAGUGCGUCACGAAGGAAGGCGAACAGAUUUUGCUGGAGAUGGGCAGGCGAACUCAGAAACAAAUUCCUCAUGUGACUCAUGUGCCGUAUGUUGUCAUUGGUAGCGCCUACGAUAGACUGUCCGAAACUCAAGCUGUGAAGAACCUCUUCCAACUCGCUUGCAGCAUGCUCGGCGAACACAAACCUCCAAUAUGUAAGGCCGAAUGA